CCGCCUAGCUUAUCCGUGAACGAGCCUUAAUCGUCUCUUCAUUCCCGCCACGUGUAUUAUCGGUGUUCAUCUUUUUUAUUUUUCUGGACCACCACAUUUUAUUUUUUCCCACGGCGGGAAGGAGCACUAUGAACAUACAGUGACAACAAAGCCAAGAAGCUCCUACAUCAGGAUGAAAGGAAGAACAGACACACCACAGGACAGAGGCUGUCUGGUGGGAGUCUGUUUCUUCAUCUUGGGCCUGGGAACACUGCUACCAUGGAACUUCUUCAUGACGGCCUCGAUGUAUUUCCAGCAACGCUUAAACACAACAGAAUGGAACAACGGCACAGUCAGUGUCGGCAAAGAGUACUACUUCAACAACUGGAUGACCCUGCUGUCCCAGCUGCCCCUGCUGCUCUUCACCCUCCUCAACUCCAUCCUCUACCAGAGGAUAUCGGAGCGGAUGCGGAUCGGGGGCAGCCUCGUUUUCAUCCUGCUGCUCUUCCUCCUCACAGCAGUGCUGGUCAAAGUGCCCAUCGAAGACAAAGACCGCUUCUUCUCGAUCACCAUGGCUACAAUCUGGUUCAUCAACUCGUUCGGCGCCGUGCUGCAGGGCAGUCUGUUUGGCCUGGUAGGCCUGCUGCCGCAGAAGUACAGCACCAUCUUCAUGAGCGGCCAGGGCCUCGCUGGAACCUUCGCUGCCAUCGCUCUGCUGCUCGCCACGGCCAGUGACACGGACUUUGAAACGGCAGCUUUGGGCUAUUUCAUCACACCAUGUGUGGGGACGGUGGCCACACUCUUUAGUUACAUGCUUCUACCUCGCCUGGAGUUUGCGCAGUUUUAUCUGAAAAACGGCGGCAAGUACGAAGCGGACACCACGGACGAGCUGCUGAAAGAGAGCGGCACCGCGGAGAACGGGAAGGUUAACGGUCACGCUCACGACGCGGCCAACAGCAGUGCAGCUGAGGCCAAGAUGGAGUCUACUCCGGAUGGGACCAAGCAGGCCUUCCUGGCACUGGAGCAGGUGGAGAAGAAACAAGCCAAAGCCUCGGUCAUAGAGGUUUUCAGAAAGAUCUGGGUGAUGGCGUUCUGCGUCACGUUUCUGUUCACCGUCACUCUGUCCGUGUUCCCCGCCGUCACCGCAGACGUCAGGACAUCUUUCCCAGGAAAAUGGGAGCGCUACUUUCUGGCCGUGUGCUGCUUCUUAGCGUUCAACCUCAACGACUGGAUCGGUCGCUCCAUCACCACCUUCAUACGCUGGCCUCGCAAAGAGUCUCCUCUGUUCCCGAUUCUGGUCGUCUCUCGGAUUGUGUUCAUCCCUCUGCUGAUGCUCUGCAACGUCCAGUCUCGCUCGUACCUGCCCGUCUACUUCUCCCACGACGGGGUCUUCACCGCCAUCAUGUCCUUCUUCUCCGUGUCCAGCGGCUACUUUGUGUGCCUUUCCAUGUCCUACGCGCCACAGUUGGUGGAGCCCAAAGACGCGGAGACUGCAGGAGCACUGAUGACCUUCUUCUUGGCCCUGGGUCUGUCGUUAGGAGCCGCACUGUCCUUCCCUCUGAGGGCACUGGUCUAGACAGACACACACACGCGGUGUGACUUGUUUUGUCGUCAGUCAAUCCUCCCUGGAUCAUCUUCUCUUGUCUUGUCUUGUGUGUUUUGUAUUUGUUUUUCACGACGUCACAUCUCCACAGUUUAUGAAGCGUUCAUUUCCUUUUUCUUUUUUGCCACACGUGACGGGACUCCCUUCAGAAGUAGGAAUAAAGGGGGGGAACGUGUAUUAACUUGCAGUAGGUGUUGUUUAUGUUACUGCUAAAGAAGAGGUUGAACAACAUUAGGAUUUUCUCUCGUAGGUUGUUUUCCUUUUCGUUUUGACUUCUUUAGGGCAUUAUGUGUGUAUAAAUAUAUGAAUGAACGCUGAUCACAUAGAUAAAAAAAAAAAGGGAAAACGCACAAGUAGAGAAAUUGGCAUUCGAGUUUGUCUACACCUCAUUUGUUCACCCACUUGAGAUGAGACAAAGUUUCAUGAUUUGACUGACAGUUUGGGAAUUUUUAUAUUUAAUUUUUUUUUUUGACAUUGUAGGAUUAUUCUGUAUAUGCUAACUCGGGCUGCUGCGAUGCUAAAAUUUCCAACUCAAUACCGAUACGCAGGAAAAUACUUGAUACCAGCAACAACGACAACAAUAUUAUUAAGUUGUCUGAAGUAGCGCAGGUAGUGAGCUUGGUAUCGAUACUUUUGCACCUUAGUAUCGUACCCGAUACUAAUUUUUAGCAUGAUUAUUAUUUGAGUAUCCAAUUUUUUUGACAACCCCGUCGCUAACGGAAUAUAGCUCUAGAAUUGACAGUUUGUUUUUUUUUAAACUGCCUCGUGGGUAUGCAUGUAAAAACUAGGAUUAGGGGUUUGCUUUUUCCAUUUCAUCAUCCAGGUUUGUUAGAGCAGAGGGUACAAAUUUGCAGCAUUUUGUGCAUCUUUUCAAUCUUUUACUCUGGAUUUUUUUUUUGUGUGAAAUACAUUUACUUGAAGUGUAAGAAGCACAGCUUCACAGUACGACUUAUUUAUAGCCAUCUUCAAAGACAACUCAACAUGAGACGCGGCAGAUCGGCGACCUGAAAUAAAGUGAAAUAAACACUUAUUUUUGCAUCUUAUUUAGGAGGAGGAAAAAAUUAUGCAGGGCAUGUUCUAGACUGCCAGAAAACCAUUUUUUCAGACUGGUCUUGAAAAACCUGAAAAUCUGCUUUUUUUCCCACCCCCAGCCAAAUCUGAUUUAUAACACGUGAAGUUAAAUUAACAGGCAGUUUAAACACAUGGUAUAUAAUUCCUGCCUCAACGUGAACAAAAGACCUAGUACAGUGGUCUGCAACCUAUUGUUUUUUGUUUUGUUUUUAGGGACCAAGGUGAUAAAUGAAAAGUGGUUUAGUAUGUGCUUGAAAAGACCUUAAAGAAAAAGUCAGGAAAUAGAGACACUCAAUUUUCUCAGACUCACAUCAGGCGACCCCUGGUGGAUAACUGCUGCAUGUGUCCCAUUAACACCCAGACGACUUUCUUGACCUCAAAAACUUGCAGCGCCACUUUACACAGUGAGAGCUGUAGGUCAGUGCUGCCACCUGCUUGUCAGAAACUAGAUGCUGUUACUUGAAGCCAUUAAAAACAACUGAACUUGGGUGUAAAUAUUAAAAAAUAACUAGUGAUUAAAAAAACAAAGAAAAACACGUUUGAUUAUUGUAUAGAUAUUUAUAGCGGCCAUUAUUUAACUCUGUAAAAAUAGUAUUAGAUUUUAUUUUUAUGUCGCUACCGGUGUGCUUUUCCUCCUGGAAGAAUUGUUUUAUAUUUUCCUCAGUAGUGCUUCACGUGUUUUAGGAAUUAAUGGUCAUUAAUUCACUUUUUUUCUUUUUAAAUAAGAUAAGAAUAAGCCUUGAUUUGUUUUUUAUUUUACUGACAUAAAUGAAGAGUGUGUGAGGAAGUUGAUGGAAAACAUUUUGCUGCUUUAAUAAUGAACCAAGGGCUGAGUCCAAAUGGGCGACUAGAGAAACUUUCUUUUCUAUUCUAGAAUUAGUUUCUCCAUUUUAUAUUCGAUGGUGUUUGAAAGGAGGAGGGAAGUUGAAAAGUACCUCAUCACUAACAUCAUGUAUCAUGUUUUUAAUGUCAAAUUCUGUGAAAACUGUGAACCAAAUGUGGGUCAGGAAAUAAUUCACACGUCAGAAUUUUGAUAAUUUUCCAUUUUCCUUUGGAUUUCUCACUGUUUUCAUUGUCAUUACUGAUUCAUCUGUCUUUUAUGUUGUGUGAUCAAUCAAUUUGUUGUUUUGUCUAAGAAACUACAAAAUGACGAUGUUCUCAAAUGUCUUGUUCCUAAAAUGUAUGCGUUUGUUUUCACGAUAUGAAUUUUAACAAAAAAAAAAACCCAAACAUCCUGUUUUUUCUGGGAAACGAUUGUGAUAUUUAUGAGUUUUUUAAGUCAAGUUUCAAAGCUCAGUAUUGCCGUGUUACACAUUUAAAUAAUAAAUGUAUAAACACUUGUUUUAAAUUGCUAAAAAAAAUAAUAUAUAUAUAUAUAUAAAAAAUGUUCAGCCCUGAUAAAAAAAAAAUAAGAAACUGAAUUGUCAAAAGAAAAUUGCCACCACUAUAGUUUGUUGCCUUUUAAAAAAGCAAAGAAAAAAAACAGGAAAUACUAAUUAAUCAAGACAUUUUUUUCAGUAAUGGCUAUUGCUGUGGACAGUGUCAUAUUCAGCCUUAACAACAACAAUGCUUGUGUCUUGUUACAUUAACCAUAAACUCAGCUGCUGCCGGCGAUGUUGUAAUUAGUCUGUGCUCGUUGCUUAUUACUGAUCUUAGAGCAGGAAAAAAAAAACCAACAACAACUCAAUAUAAAGUCAGUGUCAACAAAUGUUCUUGUUGUUGUGUUUUUGUUCUAAAUGUCGGUGAAUCCAGAGCGACGACACGACACGCAGCUCGUCGUCUGUGCAGUGCAGACCGUCACGGGUUACACUUAAAAAGGGAUUUCAUGCCUGAACAAGCCUGUUGAUUAUGUAGGUUGUUUAGAUUUGGUUGUUAAUAAAUUGGAUGUUAUAAAACCAGA